CGGGCCCCCGGACGUCGGCGCCAUGGAGGGCGCGCAGGUGGGAGCCGGGUGCGAGAUGCAUGUGGUCCGCACAGCGCCCGCCCCGCCGCCCGCCACAGAGAUGGCAAAUCCUGAGGUAGUGAUAAGUAGCUGCAGCUCUCACGAAGAGGAAAAUCGCUGCACUUUCAACCAGCACACUUCUCCAACCGAGCAACUUCUAUUAGAAGACCAGAUGAGGCGAAAACUCAAAUUUUUUUUCAUGAAUCCAUGUGAGAAGUUCUGGGCUCGAGGUAGAAAACCAUGGAAACUUGCUAUCCAAAUCCUAAAAAUUGCCACGGUGACCAUCCAGCUGGUCCUUUUUGGACUCAGUAACCAGAUGGUGGUAGCUUUCAAGGAAGAAAACACAAUAGCCUUCAAGCACCUCUUCCUGAAAGGAUACAUGGACCGAAUGGAUGACACGUAUGCAGUGUACACACAAAGGGACGUAUAUGAUCAGAUCAUCUUUGCAGUAAACCAGUACUUGCAGCUCCGAAAUGUCUCGGUUGGAAAUCACGAUUAUGAGAACAAGGGUACCAGGCAGUCGGCUAUGGGAAUCUGCCAGCACUUCUAUAAGCAAGGGACCAUCUGUCCUGGAAAUGAUACCUUUGACAUUGAUCCAGAAAUUGAAACAGAAUGUUUCUAUGUGGAGCCUGAUGAACCUUUUCAUAUUGGAACCCUGGAAGAAAAUAAACUCAACUUAACAUUGGACUUCCACAGACUCCUGACAGUGGAGCUCCAGUUUAAACUGAAGGCCAUUAAUCUUCAGACAGUCCGUCAUCAGGAGCUCCCUGACUGUUACGACUUUACUCUGACUAUAACAUUUGACAACAAGGCUCAUAGUGGAAGAAUUAAAAUAAGCUUAGAUAAUGACAUUUCCAUCAGAGAAUGUAAAGACUGGCAUGUAUCUGGAUCAAUUCAGAAGAACACUCACUACAUGAUGAUCUUUGAUGCCUUUGUCAUUCUGACUUGCUUGUCUUCGCUGCUUCUCUGUGUUAGAUCUGUGAUUAGAGGACUUCAGCUUCAGCAGGAAUUUGUCAAUUUUUUCCUCCUCCACUACAAAAAGAAAGUUUCUGUUUCUGAACAAAUGGAAUUUGUCAAUGGAUGGUACAUUAUGAUUAUUAUUAGUGAUAUACUGACAAUCAUUGGGUCAGUUCUGAAAAUGGAAAUCCAAGCUAAGAGUCUCACAAGUUAUGAUAUCUGUAGCAUAUUUCUUGGGACCUCUACCAUGCUGGUGUGGCUUGGCGUCAUCCGGUACCUUGGUUUCUUUGAGAAGUACAAUCUCCUAAUUCUGACCCUUCAGGCAGCUCUGCCCAAUGUCAUCCGGUUCUGCUGCUGUGCUGCCAUGAUUUAUUUAGGCUACUGCUUCUGUGGAUGGAUUGUACUGGGGCCUUACCAUGACAAGUUCCGUUCUCUGAACAGAGUCUCUGAGUGUCUUUUCUCUCUAAUCAAUGGAGAUGAUAUGUUUGCGACAUUUGCAAAAAUGCAGCAGAAGAGUUACUUGGUCUGGCUGUUUAGUAGAAUUUACCUCUACUCGUUCAUCAGCCUCUUCAUAUACAUGAUAUUAAGCCUUUUCAUUGCACUGAUCACUGACACUUAUGAAACCAUUAAGCACUAUCAACAAAACGGCUUCCCAGAGACUGAACUUCGAAAGUUUAUUUCAGAGUGCAAAGAUCUGCCCAAUUCUGGAAAAUACAGAUUAGAAGAUGACUCUCCAGUAUCUCUAUUCUGCUGUUGUAAAAAGUAGAUGUCAGAUUUAUCUAUGCCCUAGAGAAAAAGGCAAUGGGUUGCUAAGUUGGGAAAUCACAUGGAUAUUUUGAGAUCAAGCAUAGGAUGACUUAAUACCACUAUUUUGAGCUACUGAAUAGCUAUAAUUCACCAAGAACUAUUUAUAUAUUUAAUGUCUAUACUGCUUCUAUUGGGUUUGUUUACUUUUAAAAAUUAUUUUUAAUGAAGGAAGCUAUUGGAUUACUGUUGUUUCUUGCAGCCUUUUAAACAUUUCCUUUUUUUUUGAGGUAUUGAGUCUUUAGCUUUUGUACUAGAUAAGUGCUUUACCUGGAGCUACAGCUCUACUUUUUUUGUUUGUUUGUUUUGCUUUGCUUCUAGUCUUUUAGUGCUUUUCAGUUUGGGCGUUCCCACACCCCCAGCUGGUCCCUGAGCCCAAUCUUCCUACCUUUGUGACUCUGAGUAGCUGUGAUUUUAAGUGUGUACCAACAUACUAGCUUAUCGUAGCUUUUGAAUAUGUUCUCUGUCUCUCUUUACUCAACUGUGUGGAUAAAAUAACUGUGGAUAAAAUAAUCUCUUGUCUUCAGGGAUUUUGGACAACUUAGUGUCUAUUUCUGAGAGAUUGGGUACAGCUAUAGAGAUUGGGUAUAUCCAUCCACUAAUUACCACUUUUAAAAAUCUUCUCUUAAAGGACAGAGUGAGAAAGAAACAACUAUCACAGGCUAAUGGUAUAAUAGUUGGCUCUGAAGAACAUUUUUAUUUGAUUUUGCUUUUAGUUUUAGAGAGAAUAAAAUAUUUUAAAGUAUACAUGCAUUUGUACAUAUAUUUUCAACCUAGAUAUAAGGUUGAAAGUGUGUGGAUAUGUAAAUAAAAUUAAGAUGAAUAUAUAUUCAACAAAUAUAUAUUCAAUUAAAUAAUGACUAUUUUCUUAGUAGUCAGUGGUCUUGUGACAACUUCUGAUACCUUUCCUGGAUACAUUCAUUCUCCCAGAAAGUGAUUUGGAAUCAGGAGUUGUGGUUUUAUAGAGUAAGGUUCUAUAACUCAUACAAAAAUUAUUUUGGACAAUAAUUAUGCUCCAGAUUUAAAAACAACCAAGAGAUGUGUGCCUUAAAAUGUUCUCUACAACUUGGGGACCAGUGAUUGAUAAUUGCUAGGAUUUUAUUAAUUUUGUGUUUGUUUAUUUAAAUAGAAAUGAAUUAAGUGAUAUAUAGCUGUGUAAUAAAGGUUUUCUCAAAGUAAUCUUUUUUGUUUUUUGAGGGGGACAUCAAUUUUUAAAUGUCUCAUUUUAUUUUAAAGGCUUAAUGAAGACACUGAAAUCAUAUUAUUUAAUCAUAAAUCAUGACUCCAGGGGUUGCAAUGUUGUGAGGCUUUACAAGGAUUAUUUAGUAAUACAUGCAGCUUUUAAAAGAGUGAAAACUGUAAACUUCUAGGUGGGUCUGUGUGAGGUGGGUGUGGCUCUACUAUUUGUAUUGCAGCCAUUUUUAGAAUUUAUUAGGACACAAAAUGAAUUUAAAAAAACGUUUAUUUUUUGAGAAGUGCCUUUUGUUACUCAUUAUGAGAUUUUUGUUUAGACUAACAAUAAUACUUCAGUGGACACAUGAAGCUGCUGAGCCAGUUGAUAUGGCAGGAGUUUUGCUUUGUUCUGCAUUUAUUGUGUUUCGUCUAUGGAAUUAAAGUGGCAUGGUGCCUUCUAGUCUCCCCUUCCUGAAGCUCCACCCUUCCUUACUGUGUCAGGAGUCCCUGAUAACUCCAAAGCCUAAUUUUUAGGAAUCAUGUCUGGGAGAAGGACUCUAUUAUUUCCAGGAAGAACAACACUAACAUUUUGGUACUCUCCCCAGACCUGGCUUGAUCUGGGUGGGAAGGUGUGUUAUGGGCAUUCAUUAUAAUGUAGAUGUGUAUGUGCCAUAGAAAAUUUCAAGGCAGUUGGAUGAAGUACAGGGAAAAUAAGCCAUUUCUUCUUCCCCAGCCCUGGCUACCAGGCCCAGGUUUUUGGGGUAUACUCCUUUGUUUGGAGGUUAGGGUCUCUUUUCUUUCUCCCACCCUGAUAAUUCUCAAAAAGACUGAGUUUCUAACUUAGUAGAUGCUCAAGAACUACCAAUAAAAAUUCUUAUUUGUCAAGUUCUAGUUGAUGCCAGGAAUCUGCACUCAUGAAAACCACAUAAGAUGAUUACAACGAGAAUGGGAGCUUACAAGGCUAUGAGCUGAAAUGAUGAAUUAGGGAAAUCCCUGUUGCGAUGACAAAUGAGUAAUUGUCCAGAGAUUAAGGAUUCAGACUUACCUUCUGUUAGUCAAGAUAGAAACCAUGAAUCAAGAGAGAAACAAGCCUACUCAGGAGGUGGAGACUGGGAGGAUGGAGGAUCAAAGCCACCCCAGGCAAAAAUGUUAUUGAGACAUCAUCUCAGCUGAUAAACUAGGCAUAACAUGAAUAGUUGUGAUUUCAGCUAUUAGGGAGGCCAUGGUUAGGAGGAUCUUGUUUUGAGCCCAGCCCAGUCAAAAACACUAGACUUUACCUGAGAAUAACUAAAGAAAAAAAAAAAGGACUAGGUUGUGGUUCAAGUGGUGGAGCAUUAGCCUAGCAAGCAUGAUACCUUGAGUUCAAAAGCCCAAGUACCACUAAAGAAUGUGGAUGAGAGUAAGAGUGAGAGAAUGAGAGAGUGAGGGAGAAGAAAGGAGAGAAAGAGACUUCAAACAUGGGCUUGUUGAUAUCAACCUGGAUAUUUUAGGAUUUUAUUCUCUGUUAACAUUUUUUUUAGAUAGAAUUUACUUUUGCUCUUGCCCACACUUAUUUAAACCACUCAGAUGUUGAUUCCUUCUUUUGCUUUAAUAAAGUUUUAAA